UACCACACAGGAGCAUUGAAUCAAUAUGAAAACAUGAAUGUGUAUUUCCAAAGAUGUGUUGAUGUUGUACAAUUGAUUUUCAAAGCAACAAACAAUUUUAUAAUACGCCAUUUCAUGAGCAAACUCUUCAAUUCUCUUUUCGUUAUUAUUUUUCAGUAUCGAGUGUACUUGAAUGGUUUUGGAUAUGCUUUAUUCGGCGUUCCAUCGCGAGAUCUUGAAUCCACAUGGCGUGCUGAUCGACUGAGGACACCAGCUAACCAAAGAAGUUCACCAUUACUAUCCAAAAGCUCUAUCAUCGAAGUGGUCGUACCUACAGCAAAUGAUAUUGCUCACAGGAGGUUCUCAAAAUCUCGACUCUUUCCUGCCGGUAAAAUCUUGCACAUAACGUACAAAAAGAAAAGUAAAGAAGAGAAGAAAGCCGCAAA